AGCAUUGUCACACUCGUCUUCUUUAUCCCCUAUGUCAUCUUCCAACCCCCGGCGACUAUCCUUACCCGAAAGAUCGGACCAAGGAUCUUCCUCUCGGCCUUGACCGUUUCGUGGGGUGCCAUCAUGAUCGGUAUGGGAUUCACCAAGAAUUGGGAAACGAUGGCUGGUCUCCGUGUUCUCCUCGGCACCCUCGAGGCAGGUUUCUUCCCUGGAUGCGUCUACCUGCUCAGCACGUGGUACGUCCGAUCCACGCAGAUGACAUGGGCAAGCGGUAUUCCUUCUUCUAUCUGAUUGGUUGUGUGGCAUCGGCGUUCGCUGGUAUCCUCGCAUACGGUCUCAUGCAGAUGGGUGGGCUCCAGGGUAUAACUAGCUGGAGGUGGAUCUUCAUCAUUGAGGGUGUCCUCACCGGCACCAUUGGUAUCAUCGGUUAUAUCUUCCUCGUGGGCUUCCCGGAUGAUAAGACGAAGUACUGGGGAUUCCUCAACGACCGCGAAAAGCAAUGGGUCAUUAACCGCGUGAACGCCGAUCGUGGCGACGCCAACGUCGAAGCCUUCAGCAUGAAGAAAUUCCUUGGCGCCGGCCUUGACAUCAAGGUCUGGGGUUAUGCCCUGAUCUUCUUCGACAGCACUACGCUCGCCUAUGCGCUGGCAUAUUUCCUGCCGAUCAUCCUGAAAGACGGAAUGGGUUUCGGCGUCGCCGAAGCACAGUGCCUCGGUGCCCCGCCGUACGUGUUCGCCGGUAUCAUCAUGUUCGCCACCGCCUGGGUCGGCGACCGCUAUCAUAUCCGUGGCCCCAUCAUCCUCUUCAACAUGGUCCUCUGCCUGAUCGGACUCCCCAUCAUGGGCUGGGCUAGCGCUCCUGCUGUCCGAUACUUCGGCGUCUUCCUCGUCACCGCCGGUGCCAACGCCAACGUCCCUGCCGUCAUGACCUACCAGGCCAACAACAUCCGUGGCCAAUGGAAGCGCGCUUUCUGCUCCGCCACCCUUGUCGGUAUGGGCGGUGUUGGUGGUAUCGCUGGUUCACUGAUCUUCCGAACUCAGGAUGCGCCGUUGUACCGCCCGGGCAUGUACGCGUGCAUUGCAUGCUGCGGGCUCAGUGUCAUCAUCACCGUCUUGCUCAUGCUCCGAUUCAAGACUUUGAACGCCAAGGCCGACCGUGGUGAGCUGACGCUGGAGGGAAGCGAGGACGGCUUCCGCUACACAUACUAAACGACCUCGCUCUUCGCUCGGGAAUAGAUGUGGUUGCGCAUGCAGACCAGCUAUGGGGAUUGUUUGAUGUAGCUGCUUUCAUAUCGAACUUCUCCGUUCCUAUCACCAUCAAAUCAACUCGGACUCGGUGCAUGCGGCUCGGAAGCGUCCCCUGUGCUAGAGGUCUGGUUGAUGAUGGCGGCUAGCUCAGCAUCUUGACUUCUUGUGUUCAUAGCUUCAAUGAGAUAUACUUA